AUGUUGAGGCUUGUGGCCGUGCUUUGUCUUCUCGGUUUCACCAUUGCCGGAAAGUUGACUCCAAAUGAGAAACUGAAGAAAUGCUGUGCUGGGCUUAAGGAUGUCGACAAGGAGUGUGUGACGAAUUUCUGCGAUUUCAAUGCCAUCAAUCAGGCUAAUAUCUUGAACUUCAUGGAUCAGUGCCAAACAAAGGGGGGCACUGUGGGGAAAAUGUGGGAUUGCGCCUCGUACAGACACGAUCACACAGCGUGUUGUGAGGCAAAAGGUGUCGAGGGAGAUUGCUUGAAGUAUUGUAAAGCCGAAAAGGGUGUUCCCACAAAUUAUCUCGAGUACACUUUCUGCACCGAAUCCUUCAACGCUAUUCGUGAUUGUUUCUACGAGCAUUUGGACAAGAAUCCACCAUUUGGAAAAGGAAAAAGCCGCAAACCACACAAGAAACAA